AUGUGCUGGUACCGCCACUACAACUACGCCUGCGGCCACCCGGCGCCCGACGGGUUCUCGCGCGCCUGCGAGGCCUACCCGACCUGCAACCGCCGCAACUUUGAGGGCGGCACUUUCGUGCUCCGCACCGACUGCCCGGCGUGCAUCUACGACAAGGCGCCGAAAAAGAAGUCGGGGAAGAGCACGAGGCGCUAA